AGAGAAAAAAAAGGGUUGACUUCCGACUCCUUUUUGGCAUAGUAGAAUAAGGUAAUAAGACAAAACCUUGACUUUUUACAUUUAUAUAAUACUACAUACUAGCUGUUUCUAUAAAUCUACGUAAUCAGACAAAUCCAGAAUCAAAGUUUUUUCCCCACCUCAAGCACAAAGUCCAGAAAUGGUUUCCAAAUGGAAACAAAAUUCAUUGUGUUCUUUAACCAGAGCAGUUGAUUUAGCCAUCUCUGCUAACUCCAUGCUAACUUUUGCAGCCAUUCGUCCAUUGUAGGAGGUCUGCAAACAUUUCUCAGCUAAUGACCAUUUCUAUGUCCAACUUCUUAUCCCCAAAGAGUCACUUUAGGAGUUCUAAAGGUCUCCUUUCGGAGCCUUGUGUUGAAAAACACAGGAAGACCAUCACUAUUAUUUCCUCUUUUCCUCAUGGCAAUUCAGAGGUAGAGAGCAGGCUCUGGGGCUGAUGCAAUCCAAGGCACCACACCUUGUUCAGUGUUACUGAAUUCAAGCCUCCUCUAAUUCUCCCCAAUCCAGAUCCUUGCCUGUCAUGUCAGACGAUGUCGAGAAGAACGAGACUCCUCCAGAGCGAGAGGCAAAGCAAGAUGAAGGAGAGAAUCAACAGCAAGAGCCGGAGCCAAAAGCUGAGCCGGAGCCAAAUCAAGAGCAGCAGCCACAGCUAGAAUCCCCACCCCGUAGCCCCCCGGCACCAGAGGCUCCUCCAUCUUCCAUGCUAGUGACCGUCACCAUCGAAGAGGAGACUGGGGGGGGACCACAACUGAACGGGGAUCCCCUGGGGAUGAGGGCCGGCUCAGCUGAGGAAUUAGGAACCACCCCAGCCCCUCCUGGCAGCCCCCCGGCACGGUCCAAGUCGGCAUCGCUGAACGACCUGAAGCCCCAGAACAGCGUCAAUGGAGGCCCGCGGCCAGUUGCGAGGGGCAGUUUGACCGGGUCUCAGGUGCAUCUUGCAGGCAGAGUAGCAUCUCCGCGGGCCAGUCUGAGUCGGCAGGCCUCAGCAACUGGAUCGGCAGCUUUGGAGGCUGGAGGGAAACCCAGAGACUAUAUAUUCUUGGCUGCUCUGUCCUGUUUUUGCCCCAUUUGGCCGAUCAACAUUGUAGCCUUCGUGUACUCGGUCAUGUCCCGUAACAGCUUCCAGCAGGGAGACAUCGAUGGAGCUCGGCGCUUGGGGCGGGUAGCAAAGCUGCUGAGUGUCGUAGCCCUGGUCGGGGGCUUGCUCAUCAUUGUGGCCUCUUGUGCCAUCAAUUUUGGAGGUAAGUAGCCAGGAAAGCACCACUUGAUGGGAGGAUUUCUCUAGUGAGUGAUGAUGUUUAGAUUCUAGACCAGUGAUUCCCAAUCUUAGCAAUCUUAAGAUGUGUGGACUUCAACUCCCAGAAUUCUCCAGCCAGCAUGCUGACUUGGG